CAAACAUAAACAUUUGGGGAUUGUGUCGCAGAAACGACUUGUUUGUAGCAAAAAAAUGGGUAGAAAACAAAAAAGUAAACAAGGAGUCCCUCCCACAUUAGAGGAAGUUCGCGGGGCCGGCAAAAAGCCUGAAAUGAAGGCAGAGAAAAAGAGAAAACCAGCGGAAGAAACGGCGGCUUUGCAACCUCGUAAAAAACAAAUCUCUCAGGAAAAGAAGAGCCUUUUUGAAGAAUCUGAAUCUGAGCCAGAAAACGAUGACGUUGAAGCAGCUAGUGAUGAAUUUGAACAAGCUGAUGAAUUCUCAGAGGUAGAGGAUGAUGAUGAUGCUGCUGAGGCUCAAGAUGAGUUCGUUCAAGAUGGUGAAGACAAAGAGGAGUCCGAGGAGGAUUCUGUUUUUGAUUCUGACGAAGAAAGCCGCGCAAAACCUAUGUUUAGCGACGAUUCAGGUGAUGAAGAUGAUUUAGAAGUCGCCAACUUGGAAGCUAUGUCCCGUAAGAUAGAUGAAGAAGCUGAAAAGGAAGAAAUGGAGGCUGAAGAAGAGUUGCAUACUAACAUUCAUCCUACUGCUCCCGCUAUUCUUCCUCCUACAGUAGAUGGUGGCAUGGUUGACGGUCAGCCCAUAAGCGCCUUUACUCAGGAUCUGUCGCAAAUUCAACUUCGUAUUCAAGAGAUCAAUCGUGUCUUAAAUGAUUUUAAGAAUCUCUGUGAGCCUGGUCGUAGCCGCGCUGAAUAUGUCGAUCAGCUUCUUAACGAUAUCAGCGUUUAUUAUGGAUACUCAAAAUUCCUCGCUGAGAAGCUUUUUGAACUAUUCCCUGUCUCUGAAGCCAUUGAAUUUUUCGAAGCCAAUGAAUUGCCUCGUCCCGUUACCAUUCGUACAAAUACUCUCAAAACUCAGCGUCGUGAAUUAGCCCAAGCUCUCAUUAAUCGCGGUGUAAACUUAGAGCCUAUCGGAAAAUGGUCGAAAGUGGGUCUUCAAGUUUUUGAGUCCCAAGUUCCUAUCGGUGCAACUCCUGAAUAUCUCGCUGGUCACUACAUGUUACAAGCUGCAUCUUCAUUUUUGCCAGUAAUGGCUCUCGCUCCUCAACCCAGUGAACGAAUCCUUGAUAUGUCUUCUGCUCCUGGUGGUAAAGUUACUUACGUUGCCGCUUUACAGAAGAAUACUGGUGUUAUUUUUGCCAAUGAUGCAAAUAAAGCUCGUACAAAAGCUUUGUCCGCUAAUAUUCAUCGUUUGGGAGUACGCAACGCAAUCGUUUGCAAUUAUGACGGUAGAAAGUUCCCUAAUGAUGUAUUAGGUGGUUUCGAUCGUGUUUUGCUUGAUGCACCUUGUUCAGGUACUGGUGUCAUUUACAAAGAUCAAUCUGUGAAGACAAACAAAUCUGAGCGUGAUUUUGACACACUUAGUCAUUUACAGAGACAACUGCUUUUAAGCGCUAUCGAUUCCGUUAAUGCUGACAGCAAAACCGGUGGUUAUAUCGUUUAUUCUACUUGUAGUAUUACAGUUGAUGAAGAUGAGGCUGUCAUCCAAUACGCCUUGAAGAAGCGUCCAAAUGUCAAGCUUGUUUCCACUGGCCUCGAGUUUGGUCGUGAAGGAUUUGUGCGUUACCGAGAAAAGCGCUUCCAUCCUAGCUUGAAAUUAACCCGGCGGUAUUACCCUCAUGUUCACAAUAUCGAUGGUUUCUUCGUUGCUAAGCUUAAGAAAAUGUCAGACAAAAUCCCUCAAACAACUGAUGGUGCUGAUGAAGCUGAAGAAGAACAUGAAGAUGCAGAAGAGGAGUCUGUCAACGCAAGCUCUGAAAAUGAUAAUCUUACUUUCAAUGAUGAAGCAGAUAAAGCUAUCAUUGAAGAAAACCGUAGAAAAUGGUUGAAAUCUAAGGGUUACAAGGUAUCUAAAAAGAAUUAAAUUAAUUUUGGACUUUGAUAGGUUAAUGGAGUUUUGGAUAAAUCAAUGAAUUCACUUAGUUCUUAUACUUGUUGGUUGUAUCAGUUUUGCUUGUAAAUCUAAAAUUGUUUACAAUGUACUAUAUAGAAAUAUAUUGACACAUACCUAAACAUUAACAAAUCUAUCAGAUAACCAUUUUAUCUUCUCUUUUUAAUAGGAUGAUCACCAUUCUGUUCACGCUUUGCAUCUUCCUGGAGAGCUUUUCGUUCAAGUUCAUCCCAGUCUUCACCACUCUCCUCUUCUUCUUCGACUUCACUUCCGCUAAAAUCUUCAUCACUAGCUGCUUCGCUGUAUUCUUCUGAUCCUUCCUCCGAUUCUUCUUCUUCGGGUUCAACAUCAGACCCUUCAUAUUCAGAGACUUCUUCAUCACUGUUCUCUGCUUCAUCAUCACUUCCUGUACCAAGGAAUCCCCAUCCACCUUCUUGGAAAAAGGCGACAGGAUCCUCGUUCACUGUCUUCAUAAUUGUAGUCCAGUUCAAGUUUAGGGGUCCCUCGCUGAAACAAAUAUCGCAAGAAUCUAACCAUUCCUUUGUAUUAUCCAAUUGUUCCAUUGGAAUUGUAUUUAUAUGAACAGGAGGCCGAUGGAAAUCUUGGAAAAUGAAUACUAAAUCAAAGUUCUUUAAACCAAACUGUACACGUUCCAGGUGAGCAAUUUCAAUUUCUGAUAGGGUAACAACUGUAAAUGGGGUAUCAGUCAAUUGAACCAAACAAUCUGUCGUUGGUUGUAACAAUACAUUAGAUCUGAAUGGUACACCGCUAAAGGCAAGCUCACGGAAUGGAAUAUCAAGUUCAACGCGACCAUCACUUGCUUCGGCGAUUCUUUCACCAAAAGUCUUAAACUCUCGGUCUAACUGGGCACGACGGCGUCGUUCUUCUUGCUCUUGUUCAAUUUCAUCUUCGUCACCAUACAUAUACUUCCUCUUUUUGUUUCCUGUUUCGUCAAACUGAAUAUCAGACACCUCUCUGUAGAAUUGCACAUCCUGCGUUUUCCGCUUUCCUACCAUAAUAGGAGCCUUCAAAUGAAUAUGGACCAAAACUAUCAAUUCACCUUCACAAGGUUGGAAGAAUAAAUGUUUCAUAUUUGAAAACAGUAAAUCAAUAUGACUAUCUGAUCGAAGUGGAGAUUGAUAACGUAUACCAUUCUGGUGAAUUUCCACGAAACCCGGUAACCGUUUACCAUCAAGUGCAGGGCGCACAUAAACAUCAUUAAGAUGAAUAGGACGACGAUUUUUAAUUUCAAUAAGAUUUUCUUGCUCGACAACAUCGGCGAAUUCUUUUCUUUCAGCUUCACGCUUAGUAGCUGCCUUCUUCAUAUCUUGAAUGUCUUUGAAAAUCUGAUUCAUACGGGAACUAUCAGAGCUCCUGAAAGUGAAGCUUCUAAUAAACUGAGCAUUAGGAUCUUCAAAUGGAAGUUCAUCUUUUUUACCACCUAUUUGACCAGGGCUGAGAAAGUUUAAGCGUAGG